AUGGUAGUUUGUUUACUCAUUGAUCAGAACCAGGUCCCUGAGUGGUCCUGGAAGUAUUCCUUAGUCAUGGAUGAAGCCGCGUUGGAACAGUUCUUUGAUAACCUCAUUGCAAAUGACUCCUCGAAGGUGGAGGAUGAGGAGGAGUUGACUGAAGAGGAGGAGGUGUGUCUCAGCUUACUGCCUGAUGAGCUUCUGACACCGUACGAGACCAGACAGAAAAACACAGAUGACACCAGACAAACAGCAGAGAAUGACACCAGAACUGGCCUGAACUGCACCUGUCUGGACUACAGCUCCCAGAAUUCCACACAAGUGUCCGAGGUCCCAGGUGUGUUAUCCCUGCUGGAGCAGAGGGGCUCCUGCAUUUGUCCCACGACCUCCAUGAUGCCUGUGAAGAUACAGAACGUCAUCGCUACAGUGAAGCUGGGCUGUCGUCUGGACCUAAACAUAAUUGCUCACAAAGCGAGGAAUGUUGAGUACAAACCAAAGACUUUCAGGGGGCUCAUCAUGAGGAUCCGUGAGCCACGUACCACAGCAACAAUCUACGAAUCUGGAAAUAUUGUUUGUUCUGGAGCCAACAGUGAGGAUCAGUCACGGGUGGCGACUAGGAGGUAUGCUCGCAUUGUGCAGAGGCUCGGCUUUCCUGUCUCCUUCCUGAACUUUAAGAUCCAGAACUUGGUGGCCACCUGCAGCACCUUCCCAGUCAGUCUGGAGCGACUGAUGCUAGCCCACCAUCAGCACUGCAGUUAUGAACCAGAGCUGUUUCCUGGCCUCUUCUGCAGUGUGAUUCCUGGCAUCACCGCGACCAUUUUUGCAUCAGGGAGGUUGACACUGAGCGGAGCCAAAAAAGCAGAUGAGAUGUACAAAGCGCUUGAUACCAUCUAUCAGAUUCUGAGCUGCUUCAGGAGGCAGUGAGGACAGACACAUCAAACUAAAGGAAAUAAAUUAAUGUCUUCCAUAUCAC